AUGUCGCAAGCAACUCACCCACCCACCUUUCUGGUGAAUUUCCAACUCCUGAGCGUUGUGGUGGUGCUGCUCGUCCAUGCAGAUGGCAUAUAUGCAGAAAGCCCCAGUGAAGUGCCUGCGAACAAGUCUGAGGAGUGCACGGGCUCAUACAUCUGCAAAAAGGGUGUGAUUUUACCAAUAUGGGAACCACAAGACCCCUCGUUCGGUGACAAAAUAGCUCGGGCAACAGUGUAUUUUGUAGCGAUGGUGUACAUGUUCCUGGGAGUAUCCAUCAUAGCUGACCGCUUCAUGUCCUCCAUCGAAGUCAUUACAUCCCAAGAGCGGGAAAUAACCAUCAAGAAGCCCAACGGCGAGACCAGCAAAACCACAGUGAGGAUCUGGAAUGAGACCGUUUCCAACCUCACAUUGAUGGCCUUGGGCUCAUCCGCUCCCGAGAUCCUUCUGUCCGUUAUCGAAGUGUGUGGUCACGGCUUCACAGCAGGGGACUUGGGGCCAAGCACAAUUGUUGGAAGUGCUGCGUUUAACAUGUUUGUCAUCAUUGCAAUCUGUGUUUAUGUUGUUCCUGAUGGAGAGAUAAGGAAGAUCAAGCACUUGCGAGUGUUUUUUGUUACAGCGGCCUGGAGCAUCUUUGCCUACACUUGGCUUUAUAUUAUUUUAUCUGUGUCUUCUCCUGGUGUUGUGGAGGUUUGGGAAGGCUUGCUCACCUUCUUCUUCUUCCCUAUCUGUGUGGUGUUUGCCUGGAUAGCUGACAGGAGACUUUUAUUUUACAAGUAUGUAUACAAGAAAUAUCGAGCUGGCAAGCAGAGAGGUAUGAUUAUUGAGCAUGAGGGUGACCGGCCCUCCUCCAAAGCUGAUAUUGAGAUGGACGGAAAGGUUGCUAAUUCUCACGUGGAGAACUUUUUGGAUGGGACACUGGUGUUGGAGGUGGAUGAAAAAGACCAGGAUGAUGAGGAAGCCAGGAGAGAAAUGGCUCGGAUCCUGAAGGAGCUGAAACAAAAACACCCCGACAAAGAAAUUGAGCAGCUUAUAGAGUUGGCCAACUACCAGGUCCUAAGUCAGCAGCAGAAGAGCAGGGCCUUUUACCGCAUCCAGGCCACUCGGCUCAUGACAGGAGCUGGCAACAUCUUGAAGAGACAUGCUGCAGACCAGGCCCGCAAAGCCGUCAGCAUGCAUGAGGUCAACAGUGAGGUGGCAGAAAACGAUCCCAUCAGCAAGCUCUACUUUGAGCAGGGUACCUACCAGUGUCUGGAGAACUGUGGCACUGUCGCCCUGACCAUCAUUCGCCGGGGCGGCGACUUGACGAACACGGUGUACGUUGACUUCCGGACAGAGGAUGGGACGGCCAAUGCUGGCUCUGACUAUGAAUUCACUGAAGGGACAGUGGUCUUCAAGCCUGGAGAGACCCAGAAGGAGAUCCGUGUUGGCAUAAUCGAUGAUGACAUAUUCGAGGAGGAUGAGAAUUUCCUGGUCCAUCUCAGCAAUGUCCGCGUGAGCACUGAGGCCUCAGAUGAGGGCAUUCUUGAGGCCACUCGUGUCUCAACGCUUGCCUGCCUGGGCUCACCAUCUACUGCCACUGUCACCAUCUUUGACGAUGACCAUGCUGGCAUCUUCACCUUUGAGGAACCAGUAACACAUGUCAGCGAGAGUGUGGGGACCAUGGAAGUGAAAGUGUUGCGAACCUCCGGCGCGCGAGGAAAUGUUAUUGUGCCCUAUAAAACCAUUGAAGGCUCAGCCAAAGGUGGAGGAGAGGACUUUGAAGACACCUGCGGGGAGCUGGAGUUCCAGAACGAUGAGAUAGUCAAAACGAUAUCAAUCAAGGUGAUAGAUGAUGAGGAGUAUGAGAAAAACAAGACCUUCUACCUAGAGAUCGGGGAGCCCCGGCUGGUGGAGAUGAGUGAGAAGAAAGCCCUGUUGUUGAAUGAGCUUGGUGGCUUCACCAUCACAGGGAAACUCUGGAAGGGAAGACCCAUCUUCAGGAAGGUCCAGGCUAGAGAGCGUCCUCUUCCCUGCACCGUGGUCACCAUCCGAGAGGAGAACGAGGAGAAGCAGCCACUGACCAGCAAGGAGGAGGAAGAGCGACGAAUUGCGGAGAUGGGGCGCCCAGUCCUGGGGGAGCACACCAAGCUCGAAGUCAUCAUUGAGGAAUCCUAUGAGUUCAAGAACACAGUGGACAAGCUCAUUAAGAAGACGAACCUGGCCCUGGUGGUUGGCACAAACAGCUGGAGGGAGCAGUUUAUUGAGGCUAUUACUGUCAGUGCGGGGGAAGACGACGACGACGAUGAAUGUGGGGAGGAGAAGCUGCCCUCCUGCUUUGACUAUGUGAUGCACUUUCUGACCGUCUUCUGGAAGGUCCUUUUUGCCUUCGUGCCCCCAACAGACUACUGGAAUGGCUGGGCUUGCUUCGUCGUCUCCAUCCUCAUGAUCGGCAUCCUGACAGCUUUCAUCGGCGACCUGGCGUCCCACUUCGGCUGCACCAUUGGCUUGAAGGACUCGGUCACUGCCGUCGUGUUUGUCGCGCUGGGGACAUCAGUGCCAGACACAUUUGCCAGCAAAGUAGCAGCGACACAGGACCAGUACGCGGACGCCUCCAUCGGGAAUGUCACCGGGAGCAAUGCCGUGAACGUUUUCUUGGGCAUCGGGGUGGCCUGGUCCAUCGCGGCCAUCUACCACGCGGCACACGGACAAGCCUUCGAAGUCUCGCCCGGCACCCUGGCCUUCUCCGUCACCCUCUUCACCAUUUUUGCUUUUAUCAGUGUGGGUGUGUUGCUCUAUCGGCGGAGACCCGAAAUUGGAGGUGAGCUGGGCGGGCCGCGGACUUCCAAGCUGCUCACAUCCUCACUCUUUAUCCUCCUGUGGCUCUUGUACAUAUUCUUCUCAUCUCUGGAAGCCUACUGCCACAUAAAGGGCUUCUAA